AUGGUUGGCAAAAACUCACAAUGUGUAAACAUUGACAACAUUAAAGUAAAGGUUUUUGGAGAAAAGGGAGAAUAUGAUUUGGAUAAUUUGCCAAAGUUGAAGUACAAGAAGAAAGAUAAACACAGGCAGAAAAGAAGAUCGAAAGUAACUGGCGCUUCCUUUUCUGCUGAAGUAGACGAACCAGACGUUCAUGAUGACACUUCCAUUGAUUUGGAUCAAAAUAUUGGUGAUUAUGAAACUACCAGUGCUGUUGGUACUGUCACACCUGAGGUAGUAAAGUAUACAAAAUCUGAUAAAUAUUUAAUGGUAACAGCACGUAAAUUACAGUAUUAA